UUGGGAUCCAGGCUGUCUGAGACUGCAGUUCAGAACAAUUCCAGCGCUGCACAAAGAAACAAUCCAAGCAUCUCACACAUACUAUAAAAAUACUACCAAUUUACAGAAAACCACCAACGAAACAAGACUAAUAGAAUCACCCCUCUGAACCAGCAACAAUGACGGCAAACGGGACCAGCGACAUGCUCAAAAUUCAAUUUGGGCUCAUAAAUUGUGGAAAUAAAUACCUUACCGCUGAAACAUUUGGGUUUAAGAUAAAUGCCUCUGCCACCAGCAUGAAGAAAAAACAGAUCUGGACCUUGGAGCAGGACGGGGACGACACCAACAGGGUCUUCUUGAAGAGUCACCUGGGCAGGUAUAUUGCAACUGACAAGGAUGGAAACAUUACAGGUGACAGCGAAACCAUAGGCGAAGACUGCAGGUUCAUUAUCAUCGCUCACGAUGAUGGGCGCUGGUCUCUGCAGUCGGAGCCUCACAAGCGCUACCUUGGCGGUACCGAAGACAGAAUCACGUGUUUUGCUCAAACCAUCUCUGUGGCAGAGAAAUGGAGCGUCCACAUUGCUAUGCACCCACAAGUCAACCUAUUCAGCAUCACCAGAAAAAGAUAUGCCCAUUUAAGCUCGAAACAAGACGAGAUUGCCAUUGACAGGGAUGUCCCUUGGGGCGUCGACUCCUUAAUUACUUUGGUUUUUCAAGACCAGAGGUACCACCUGCAGACCUCAGACAACCGGUUCCUCCACAACGAUGGUACAUUGGUCGCUAAGCCUGACAAAACCACUGGCUACACCCUGGAGUUCAGGUCGGGAAAGGUGGCAUUCAGAGACUGUGGAGGGAAAUACCUGGCGCCUUCUGGUCCGAGUGGAACCAUGAAGUCAGGAAAGAGUUCCAAGGUUGGAAAAGACGAGCUUUUUGUGCUGGAGCAGAGCCAUCCUCAGGUGGUGCUCACUGCCGGUAACGAGCGAAACGUGUCCACCAGACAAGGCAUGGACCUUUCUGCUAACCAGGAUGAGGAAGGUGACCAGGAGACCUUUCAGAUGGAGAUGAGUAAGGAAACAAAGAAGUGCGCCUUCAGGACCUGCACUGGUAAAUACUGGACCCUCACGGCCAAUGGAGGACUGCAGUGCACAGCGUCUUCGAAGUCUGCCAACUGUUACUUUGACAUUGAGUGGCAUGAGAAGAAAAUCACCCUGAAAGCUGCAAAUGGGAAAUACGUGGCAGCCAAAAAGAAUGGGCAGCUGGCAGCCACUGUUGAAUCAGCAGGUCAGACUGAGGAGUUCCUUAUGAAGCUGAUCAACAGGCCCAUCAUUGUCCUGCGUGGAGAGCACGGCUUCAUUGGCUGUAGGAGAAUGACUGGGACUCUGGACUCCAACCGCUCCUCCUACGAUGUGUUUCAGCUGGACUUCCACGAUGGAGCCUACAGCCUUAGAGAUUCCACUGGGAAGUACUGGAUGGUUGGGAACGAGUCUUCAGUGGUCAGCAGCAGCGACACCCCACUGGACUUCCUGCUGGAGUUCUGCGAUUAUAACAAGGUGGCCAUCAAGGCUCCCGAUGGCAAGUACCUGAAAGGAGACCACGCCGGGGUCUUGAAAGCCAAUGCAGAUGCCAUCGACACCUCCACUAUGUGGGAGUACUAGAAGCACUUUAACUACCAUUGUGGCUUUUUCAUUUUCUUCAUUUCUUCAUGUUUGAGUUUAAUUUUGAUUCUUUGCAUGCAUUUGGGGAUUAAGUGGUUGAGGGUGUGGCACACUGGUCACAGAUUGCUGAAGCUGGCCUGGCUCCUGUGGCUCUCCUCCACCCAGUCUCUGGUAUGAGAAAUGCUAAACGCUUUUCUCCUGGCCUUUGAGAAAACGGGUCCGAGAUGGCAAUAUCCCCAUGUUAAAUAAGUAAAGCAAAAAGUAUUUUUCUGCUCGAUUCUCAACCUGAUUUCAAUGCAGAUGUGUAAUGUGUUACUGGUAUAAUUAUUUUUGUUUGCCAUAUCCAUUGGACUAUUACUCUAGUCAUAUCUGUUGUUUGCCAAAAGCCUGGCUGAUUGGCAUUGAUUCCUGGUGAAAACUAGGAAAUUCUAUUUGUGCAUUUUUCAAGAAUUCUUGAAUGGAGAAAAUGUUCAGUCGGUUGCCAAUUAUUUUUGAGCCGUCCAUGAAAGAACCAACUGGAAAUGACCACUGGUGUUUAAGUGUUCCGAUUUUGCCAAACCUUCUCUCUGAGGUCAGACAUCUCUUGUUCAUUUCCACCUCAUCCUUGGGCCUGUGUUCAGUUUGGUUGCUUUUGACAUUAAGGUAAAGUUGGAGUGAAAACAAUUCCAGCAUGUGUUUUAGGGAAAGACCAUUUGUUCUUUAAAAAAGAAAUCAUUAAAAAGACGACAUACGGCAUAUUCUGUCAGAUUGUAAAACCCCCUAAAAAAAAAAGCCUUUACAAUGUAAAACAGGUGAGCACUUGUAAUAUUUAACAGCAUCUGCUUGCUGUUGGGAAUCCGCAUUUGAUUUUGUCGUGUUUGAGGAACUAAAAAUGUUAAAACCAGUGUUCAACUUCACUUGUCACUGUGUCCAAAGCUGUCCUUGAUUAAGUUGAACCAGUUGUAAUAUUGAAAGGCGAACUUGUAUGAUAUGGACUUGAUUUUCUUUUGUGUGCCAUGAGUUUCUUUCAUCUUGUCAGAUGGAGAAUAUCCCAAACUGGACAUUUAUUUUGGAAUACUGGGUUUAAGUGGAAUGCUUCUAGUCACUCAUCUCAAUGGAGGUAACUGCUCAAGAGCUAACAAAAAGCAUGAGGUAAUACCGAUGUGAAUGUGACUUUCAGUCUGACCCUGCACCUGUCCGGUGAUUUCAGUGCCCACCUCUGAUAUGUGGUGUGUAGCUGGGUCUGGAGUUUGUAUACAUUCCAGAUCUGAAGUGCUUUUAACAGAUAUAACAGGUCCUAUAGGCUUUAAAGAAAUAAACGACUCCCCUUGACCCUUAUGGCCCUUUGGUGGGACUGUCUGUUCCACUGCAGCUUUGAUGCACAAGCUUCAAAGGCAUGAGUUUUUAUUCAUUUCCAGAGUGUUAAAAGAAUAAAAAUGAAACCUUUACUUUUCUAGAGGCACAGGCAUUAUCAUGGAAUAGUAUUGUGAUGUGGAAAGUGAAGGAUGAAACUACAAUCAAAAAGCUCUAGUGAAAUCAGGCUCUGACCUCCUCUGCCACACAGUGACUGAUAUUUUGAGAUGAUGUUUUCAGUCAGAAUGGUGUUUACAUGUCAAAAUGAAGUCCUGAGUAGAAAACAAUGAUCAUAUAUACAGCUUAUUUGUGAAGCUUAGUGAGCAAGUAAAUGCCUCACUUUGCUAUAUGACCACCAAACCCCUGUAUCUAUGUGCUGCUCUGUUCUGUAGUUCAUAGAGCCAAUCCACUAUCAAAGAGCUCAAGUUAAAUCAGGCUCUGACCUGCUCUGCCACACAAUGAUUUCUUUCAGGGGUCAGACCGAUCUCGAAAAGACAAACACCAUCUGUUUUGAGACUUUGUUUUCAGUCCGUGAAGUUUGCAGGUCAAAAUAAAGUCACGGGUACAGGAAAAAGAUGAUGUAUACAGCUUAUUUGUAGACCUUAAUAAGCAACUAAAUGCAUAGCUUUGUUAGAUGACUACCAAUUUCUAGCACCAAACCCUUGGAAGGAUAUCUGUUUGCUGCUCUGUUCUGGCAUUGGUGCUGAACAUUUCUUAAACACAAUGAACCUUUUAUAAAAUAACUGGAAACUGGUGCUGUUCUUGCAUCCACACAAGUAACCACACACAACUGGAAUUCAAUAACGUGAUUUUAUUGGCAAGAUAAUCAGUGUAAAAUGCGCAGCAAUGCAAAUCGCUUGUACUGCAGAAUUUGUGGAAAGAACCUGCAUUAAGAGGGAACUGCACCAGAAGUGCCCCGAUCCUUUAGGACUCGCACAUGUUUUUUGUCAUUAUGGCAACUGUUGGAAAGAUGGUUGUCCGUGAGAGGUGAUUUGGGAUCAAAGGGAAUGAUAAUGGUUGUGCCUUACUCAGGCUAAAGUAGCUUCUUUAUUUCCCAGAACAUUCCACUUGUGUAUUUGAAUAAAAGUAGCUUCUGUUUUUGUUUUACUAUUUUUUUUUUCUUUGUGCCAUUUGUAUGACUUAAGCCUAAUGUCAAGUAAAGUUUGAAUAUGAAACUUC